AGCAGGUUUGCAUGUAGCCUUUACAAUUUAAGUUCAUUGGGAUAUCUUCCUUGAACCAAACAUUUUUUUUAUUUUUCAGCCUUCAAAAGAAUAGUCUCCUUAAUUUCAUAAUCGAGCUACGUCAACAUGAAGCCAGGAUGGAUGAAGUGUCUGCUAAUAGGCGGCGGUGUGAUGGUGUUGGUGUUCGUCGUCCUCAUGGCGUCCAUACAAGCCAUCUUCGUGGCCACCGUCGAAGGGGAGUUGAAGUUACAGGAUGAAAAGCCCAUCAUGGAUGCGUUCACCGCCCCUCCUGUCUCCAUCUUCAUGAGCUUUUAUUUGUUCAACGUGACGAACGCCCGCGACGUGCAGUACUAUAACGAGACGCCCAUACUCCAAGAGAUCGGACCCUACGUAUAUGAAGAGUUUCGCGAGAAGUUCAGCAUGGAGUUCGAUGACUCAGGCAACGCCAUUAGUUACAAGCAGAAAAAAUACUACACAUUCAGGGAGGACCUUAGUGGCAAGUGGAAGGAGAGUGAUGAAGUGACAACACUCAACGUGGUGAUGGUGAUGAUGGCGGCUCUAGGUUACCACAAGACAGGGAUAAACUUGAUAUGGCCAGAAAUUGAACGUACGAUGAACGUAUUCGAGACGUUCACCGUAGGCGAAGCCUUAUUCCAAGGCUGGGACUUGCCGAGCGACUUGAAUUUCAACUUCAGCGGCACUGGCAUCCCGGGAACAGAGAACAUAAUCUUUGAAGGCAGCCUGGGUGACAUACUACUACAAUUGGGUGUGGAAGAGGACCAAAUCCCACCUCCCCUUAUAGAAAACAAGAUCGGAUAUUUCUCUCUAUUGAACGAUACGGACGACGGAUGGUGGAAAGUAUCAACAGGACGUGCAGACAUGGACGAGUAUCUGUACGUCCGCGAGUACCACAAUGAUACACAGCUGCACUACUGGAAUGAUAUCUACUGUGACAUGAUCAAUGGUACAGAUGGUACUCAGUUCCCACCCUUCCGCAUGGACGAAAACUCUGUCGUCAGGAUAUUCGUACCGCAAUUAUGCAGGUCGCUGUACCUGCUGUACGUAACAACUAAUACCUCACAGGUCGCUGUACCUGCUGUACGUAACAACUGUCCCCACUCUUCUCACCUCAUGGUCAGGUCCCCAGGUCCCCACUCUUCUCACCUCAUGGUCUGGUCCCCAGGUCCCCACUCUUCUCACCUCAUGGUCAGGUCCCCAGGUCCCCACUCUUCUCACCUCAUGGUCUGGUCCCCAGAAAUCCCGAUCAUCAUGUCUACGCCCCACUUCUACCAAGGGAACUACUCUGAUGUAGACAUGUAUGUCGGCCUCGAACCAGAGAAGGAGUUGCACGAAACAUACCUCGACCUCGAAACGUCGUUCGGAGUGCCUUUGGCGGCGCACAAAAGGAUUCAGAUCAACCUGCCACUGCGCAAGUUCGGCAAGCUUCCUUCCUUCCAAAACAUCGACAGGGAAUACAACUUUCCUGUCUUCUGGGCAGACGAGUGGGCUGAAGUUAGCAGCGACGACGCCAAGAUGAUUAAGUUAGGGCUGGACAUUCCGAUGAUUGUCUACAUCGUAGCAGGCAUACUGACGCUCGUUGGCUGCACGAUGAUGGGCGUGGGUGGUUACAAGCGUUAUAAACUCAAGAGAUCGUCUGUGUAAACAACGAGCGGUGCCUAUUCGACAUCCAAAGGCGCCUUGCUUCUGUGCAUUAAAUAUCUGAAAAGGAAUGGCUUUAUUAAAUCUUAGAUAAAAUAAAUUUUGUCCUGCCAGUAUAGAAGUCCAGAAAUUUAUUUUUUUAUUCCCAUUUAUUCAACAAACUCAAUUCUUUUUCAUGUACCGCGCAUUCCUCGUAAUAUUCGGAGCUGAAGCGGCCUUCGAGUUAUAUCGUUCACAAAACUGUAGUAAAUUAAUUCUAAUUACACAGCAGUAACAUUGUAUCAAAUGCCUUGAAACGUAAAAACCAUGACUGUUUGAAGAAGAAGGAAAAUCAAAAUAAAAUAUAUUGGGUAAAUAUCAAAUACAAUCCAAAGUAGGAAAAUGUCGACGCUAGCUUAAUGUUAACCGUUGUUCAAAGUAUCAAAAUUAGAAAUUCUACCAAUGUCAUUACAGUCUGUAAAUUCAUCGAAAAACUUCUUUUAGCUCCAAAAAUGUGAAUAAUUGGCUAGGUAUAUCAGUGAUUAUAAAGUCGUAAUGGACCUAAGCUGGUGUUUGUUUGUCCUAGGAUAUAGACAACUAUUUAAUAAUAGACAGUUAUUGGAAUCAUAACAUUCACGUGUGCAACAGCAUAAAUACAUCUUGAAAUUUCAUUAACUAAAUAAGCAAACUUCAAGUUUUUGAUUCGAUUAUAUUGGUCAAUUUAGUUCGUUGUCGUAUUUAAUAGUUUUAAUUACUUAGUUUAGUUGGGGCCAUUUUGUAUUCAUGUCUAUCUUCUUUACAUUACUCAAUGGAAUUAUCAGAUUAUAAACAGAACUAUUUUAGUGGUAAAUCAAUAUUUCCACUUUAAUAGUGAUAUUAUUAUAAACUAUAACCAUGAUUUUAAGGGAAGUCUGAGGAGAUACUUAUAAAAAAUUUAUUAUCUCGAGUACGUCUGGCAGCUUCCAUACUGGCAGAAGCGCUGCACUCGUACGAUAAGCAUGUCAGCGCUCUCGAAAUAGGCACUGCAUUUCAUAAAUAUUAGCCUAUGUCAUGCAUAGUGAAAAUUUAGUCAGGCUUAUUAACAGCCAAUGGAACGGGAAGGUUGAAUUAUUAAUUGUUGAAAUAUGUCCAUAUUCUUAUUUUGUUGUUGUAACAACAAAUCUUUCGUAAUCACAGAUCAGGAUUUUCCUAAAUUUCAAGCCUAUAAUUUUCCUAACAACAAUGAUUCAUGAUUUUAUUACCUUUUUUAGCUACAUAGAUUUAUUGACAGUUCUAAUCUUUGGUUAAAGCAGUCUUACAACUUGAGCCAUGCAAUUUCGUUUAAUUCUUUUGAUUUUAUCUCAAGAUCCCAAAUAUUGCUCGUGUUAAUGCCAGAAUGCAGGGCUAGCAAAUACUGUCUGUAUUCUAGGACCAAUCACCUAUUUUCUACCAACAAUUAACGUCGCAUUAUUACAUAGAAACUGGUUACGGUUGUCGAAUAUCAAUUAUGACAUUAUAUUUUAUUUCAUAAUAUAAUUCACGGGCAUAGAAAUUACCCAGGAAUCACAAAGAAAUUAGAAAAUAAAGAUAUAUAGAAUAGAAUUACCCUGAAAUAGAGAUUACCAAGAAACUGGUUACGUUUAUCAUACAUCAGAUAUGACACUAUAUUUAGGAAGAUGAAUCACCUGCAUAGGUGGCCAUGAAUCAAUUCCAAUUCUACAAUUCAUCUAUGAAUAUUUUGUACUUAGAAAAUAUAA